ACUCAGUCAGCCACAUCCCAGUUCCCCUCCCGGUUGACUACCCCACUACCAAACACCACCAACCUCCCACCCCUCCUCCACCUCCUCCUCCUUUUUUUACACACCGGCUCGCAACCACCCACCCCAGUCAGUCACCUCAAGUGCGACCGGCCGGCUGGAGCAGCGGAGGCAAACAAACAGACCCAGGCCAGCCAGGGCGACCCUGCCGCGUGUUUUUGGCUCAAUCAAAGAGACACCGGAGCACAAGAGGAGAAUGGGACGCCGGUGCUUGGAUCAGGACUGAGUCUGGUCGGCACGUUUAGAGCUUCUCCGACCCGUUUCCAAGUCCUUUUUCUAACCGGCUCAGAGUCACGUUUUCGCCGCUGACACAAUGGGCUGCUGCAGCGGACGAUGCACUCUCAUCUUUAUUUGCACUUUACAGUUGGUGUUGGCUUUAGAAAGACAGGUCUUUGACUUCCUGGGUUACCAGUGGGCCCCGAUCCUUGCCAACUUCUUCCACAUUAUCAUUGUCAUCCUCGGCCUCUUUGGCACCAUCCAGUACCGGCCGCGCUACAUUGUGGUGUAUACAGUAUGGGCCGCUCUGUGGGUGGCCUGGAACGUCUUCAUCAUCUGCUUUUACCUGGACGUGGGAGGCUUGUCCAAGGACAGUGACCUGCUGACUUUUAACAUCUCAGCCCAUCACUCUUGGUGGAGCGAACACGGGCCAGGCUGUGUGAGAAAAGAGAUGCCGCAGGCUCCAGGCGUCCGCACCACAGAGAGCCACUCCUACAUCACUGUCAUGGGCUGCCUCAUGGACUACCAGUACAUCGAGGUUGUGCAUAGCGGCACACAGAUUCUUGUUGCUCUCCUGGGCUUCGUGUACGCCUGUUAUGUUGUCAGCGCCAUCACUGAGGAGGAGGACAGCUUUGAUUUUAUUGGUGGAUUUGACCCAUUCCCACUCUACCAUGUCAAUGAGAAACCAUCUCACCUCCUCUUAAAGCCCAUGUACCUGUCUACGUAAAUAGGAGAGUGAUUGUCCAGCAGGGAGGUGACACAGCAAGUUCCCACGGAGACAAAAUGGCUGUUUUGACACAAACGUCCCACUGCACGGGGGCACGCCACACAUUCCUCCUCUUCUUGAUUUUCAGUACUAUAACCAUGUCAUUUACUGGUGUGCUGCCCAGAAAAGCCAACACUUCUCAGUUAGGGUUCAUUGUUUUCCAGGGAGGGAUGACGGGUUCAGGGAAAGGGGGAUUACAGUGCAACAAAGACUCAUAUUGUGUGUUUAGGGACGUAUCAAUCAUUUUCUUUGUGUUAAGUUCUCUGCUGAGGUCCCAUUGCUGUGACCUACCCAUAAUGGCUUAAUACUCCCCAAGAACAUGACUGUAUAGAACAUGUACAGCAUAUAAAUACAUUGUGUGUGUGUAAUCAGGGACUGCCCAGCAUUCCCAGUCUGUGGUACUGUGUCUUAGAGGACUCAGUGAUUUAGCAUGUUUUUGCUGGUUUGGCUCAGAUCUUGGCCGGAGGGCUGAAUUACAGUGGAGCCUGUGGAAUGAGCUAUUGUGCGCUGCCUGUUUACUUUAGGCCAGGAUCUGUGUGCAUAAAUACACAAGCAAAGCAGGAAAGAGGCAGGGGAGUGGAGAAGUAGAGGGAGGGGAGGGAACAAAAGCACCAAACCUACAGGGGAAUCUAUCAAAAAUAGAAAAUGUAAAUAAUGGAAGGGGCGGGGGGGAUUUUGGAUUCAGAGUUUGAAAUGUGAACAUCAGGAAUGCAAAAGAGCGUUAGCGUGUAAGAGGUGUUCAAACACAAGGAACAGCAUGUGAGUCUUACUUUUAUUUCUGGAGUCUUAUUAUUGUGACAGUUUUCACCAACAGCCAAGUCAGCGUUUCUGAAGUGUCAGGUGUUUGUUAGAAGACGUGCUGAAAGCUUCACUUCAUUUCUUCUCCUCCAACUACUGACACAUCAGGGCUGCUGACAGGGGUGAUCAUUACACACACUCAAGCAAAGGUUACAGAGCAUAUUUUUAACUUCAAGAAAACAAUAGAAAUUGUUUUACUAUUCAUAUUGCACACAACAGUGUUGAGUUGUAUGGGUAUGGUCUUCGGUGUAGAAGUAGCUUGGAUAAACCUGAGCCAACCAGAGCAUCGUCUUCUGUCAUUUCAGCAGUUUAGAUUCUCAGUGGUGAUAGUCUCAGUUGUGAUUGUUUUAUAGCAUGUUUUAUACAGGGUUUGUAUUGUAAUUAUGUGUAUAACAUAUUAAAUAAUGACAAAAUAGCAAAACUGAUGUCUUUAACUUGUCAUAUGCGAGCUGGUUAAACAGUAACUGGAAGCUUCUGCUGAGUAGUUUCUUACUCAGAUUUGUUUUAUUCUGACCCAGCAACCUGAGGCAUCUUUAUUUAGGUAAAAGUAAACACGUGAGUCAUAUCUCCCAUGUGAUUAUUUUGUUUUGUUAAUAUUAGAUCUUUCUGAAUUAAAGUCAGUUUGAGUCAGAUCCCCUGUUGCCUUACUGUUUGUGUGAAUCACUACUGCUCUCUGGUGUUCAAAGUGUUCAUAUACAGCUUGCAAGGCUACUGAGUUUCUGCCACCUGAGAGGUAUGCUCUCUCAUUUAUUGUCAUGUUUUGUCUUAAAAUGAUUUGCCUGUCUGCAGGUAACAGUAAAUCUUAAGAUAGUAUGUUUUUACUUGGUAUUUGUCAUGUAGGAGCAGUCAGCGCUUUGCUCUGGUUGUUUCAAUGUUAAACUCAGUUCUUUUCUUUAUCAUUUAGGUUAAGAUCUUUCGUUACCCAUGACAUUUGAAUCCAAACCAUUUUCAGUAUUUUAGUUGUUUGAUUACAGUAUUUCUUGGUGCUAAGUUUGAUGUUGUCUGCUUAGCUUAUUUUUUGUUUGUAAUCAAAAAAGUUGUGAUCAAAGAAGUUGCUUUUUGUACUGUUUUGUCUGUUGUCAGCACCUAAAAAUAUCCCGCUGGGUGUCAGGUUCCUCUGUGAUAUUAGAUGUUCUUCACUGCCAGAUAGAAAGUCCACAAACUUCUAUGAUUCUGAAAAUCAUCUGACUUCUGCUGGCUAAUUUCAGACUGAUGAGAGUGAACCAUUUUGAUUUGAUUGGUCACCUCUCUAUUGGCAAGAUGCAAUAAUUUAUGUCAUAAUUGUCUUUUAUAAUUUUAAAGUUUUCACACUCCUGCUAGGCUAACUGGUGUGUGGAUUAGUUAAAACGCAAAGCACCUCAUAUUGUAACAUAAUCAGUAUUAGUAGUAAAUGCUACUAAAAUUGUUGUGUAAAAACUAGUCUUCCUCUCAGUGCAAUACAGCCUCUUCCUAAAUCCCCAGCAACUGGAAUUAGUUUAAACCUGUUACGGUUGUGUAUGUAUGUGCUAGUCUCCACUGAAAAAGUUUCCACCUGUUUGUAGAUAAUUCUAUUUCUUUGUAUAGAAAGUGGAAAACAUCCUUUUUUUGUAUUUUCUCUCUUCUAUUUUGUGUCCUGUGAUGCCCCAACCCCAUGUGACCUGAUUGUGUAAUCCUAUUUAUCCAGAACUGUGCUUUGUGUUCAUGUAAAUAGGUGUUUGUUAAUAAAAGAAUGUGCCCUUUUAAUGA